CAUUAGUCUGCUACUAGAGGAAGACCAUUGUUAGUAGACGGUGGACACUGUAGGCUUAAAACAAAUUGACAGAUAAACACAUUAAAAAUCAUUUCAGAACAAUUUUGCCUUUUGUAGAUACAUAGGCUUUAACUGAAGAAACAGAAGUGUUAACACAUCCCGUCCAAAAUGGUUAAUGUCUUGAAAGGAGUUCUCGUUGAAUGUGACCCAGCUAUGAAGCAAUUUCUUCUAUAUCUGGACGAGACGUCAGCAUUGGGGAAGAAAUUUAUCAUCCAGGAUUUGGACGACACGCAUGUUUUCAUCCUAGCUGAAGUUGUGCAGAUUCUCCAGGAGCGAGUAGGAGAACUGAUGGACCAGAAUUCAUUCCCCAUCACCCAGAAAUAAAUGUCUGAAUCUGACAGCAGACCUUACAAUCUGUGGGAGCAGAUGGAUGUGGAGAUUCUUUCAGCACAAUUGCACAAACACAGAUGGACCUAAAAUAUAUAGAUGACUGGGUACUAGGAUGAUGCCUGUUAUCCUUGUUUUAGUUUGACUGUGUUGCAUAAAUUUUUCAUCUGACAGAAUUAUAUGCUUUAUGUUGCAUAUGUUUCAAAGACAGCUUCUUGAAUCUUUUCAGCAUUUCAGAAUUGUUCACAAACUGAAAGCAGAUGGUUGAUGACAGUGUGAUUUAUAUACAUGCAUAAUAUACAAGCAUCAAAUAAAAAA